CACACACACACACACACAAAACACACACUGGUCCAUCAUGGAGGUCGUCUUGUGCGUUCUGUUGUUAUUUGCUGCUAGCAGGGGCUCCAAAGAUGGCGGUUGGUUCGUGCGUGUGCAGCCGGAGGUGCGGGCUAUGGAGGGCUACCCUGUGGUGCUGCCCUGCACCUUCAGCCACCCACCGCAUUCACAGCAUUCCUCUGUGCGGGUGCUGUGGCGCCAAGGACAUAGCGAGGUCGUCUACGGCUGCACCAGUCAAGUGGGGGCCCCCGCCUGCGAGCCCAGGCCACAGCAAGACCAACGGUACCGGCUGGAGGGGGACCCACACGAGCACGAUCUGUCGCUACGCAUCAAUGGCGCCACCCUGCAGGACAGUGGCCGCUACUACUGCGGUGUUGAGGUCGAGGGACGGGAAGACGUGAGCAUUGAGGACAAGAUGGGCACCCUGCUGAGAGUGGAGGCUGCUCCCAGCAUCACGUCUAUGAGAGUGGAGGGCAGCGAGCAUCUUGGGUACACAGCUUUGUGCUCCGUCCAGGGCUCACCACUGCCUGAUGUCCAAUGGCUCAGCCUGGACCGCCUUCUGGAAGGGUCUACAGCCAUGAAUCAGGGCGACACCACCAGCUACCUCACCAUCAGCCAGCUGCCAGGCAUAGAACCCGGACAGCAGAUCACCUGCAGCGCCUCCAACCCGCUGGGAAAAGACAAGGCUACACUCUACGUGCUGCCCCCCCAGAUCCUCCCAUCUGAGGCUGGGGUACCAUCCCCUCUCUUACUGCUGCUGUUUCUGUCUCUGGGGUCAAAGGCCAUCUUGCUGAUGGGGAUUGGGAUGUGGCUAAUGCGGACCAGAGUGUUCUGGUGGAAGUAAAAAGUGGAAACCCCAAACCUCACACGCUUUGACAAAGUCCAAUAAAGAUUUUACCUGAC